AUGGCCAAAGACGCGAAGACUACAGACCGCCUUGGUUCUGCCAUAAGCUCAGACUCUGAGUAUGAGGAGGGCAACUCACCAAAGGUGUUGAAACGCCGUUCUUCUUCAAUCUUCUCCCUGUCUUCGCAGGAACCAUUGCCACCACCUGAUGAGAAAGAUUAUAUUGCUUACACCGAGGACGAACGCCAUUUCUCCUAUAUUCGCAACUUGCACAUGGCGGACUGUAUAACGUUACUCAACGGGUUCAGCGGUUUCUACUCGAUUGUGUCAUGUUUGCGUUUCACGCUAACAGGAAGUCCUCAUUAUGUUCAGCGUGCUCACUUCUUCAUUGCACUGGGACUGUUCUUUGACUUCUUUGACGGAAAGGUUGCCCGUUUGCGCAACAAGUCAUCUAUCCUGGGUCAGGAGUUGGACUCUUUGGCCGACCUGGUAUCUUUUGGAGUGGCUCCAGCUGCGAUCGCUUUUGCAAUAGGUCUUCGUACUACAUGUGAUGUUCUCGUUCUGAGUUUCUGUGUGCUGUGUGGGCUUUCGCGUCUGGCUCGUUUCAAUGUGACUGUUGCUAACAUCCCCAAGGAUCAAAAGGGCAAGUCCAAAUACUUCGAAGGUUUCCCAAUCCCUACGACAUUGUGGCUUGUUGCUCUGAUGGCUUUCCUGGUAAACAAGGGAUUGUAUGUUUCUGAAAAGGGGUUGCCCUUUGGAACCGUGCUAGAAAGCACCUUCUUCGAGUUCCAUCCAUUGAGUGCUGCGUUCUUUCUCCAGGGAUGUGCCAUGAUCUCGAAGUCGCUUCACAUUCCAAAGCUGUAA